AUGCCCAUCUCUGCGCGUGGUUUUGAGUUGCUCACUGCCCUUUCGCAGUCGCUCCUACCUGCUCUCCUCUUUGGAGUUCGCACAUUGGAGAUUCUGUAUGUCAGACAGGGUUACACAGAGGCCAAACUGAUAAACGGUUCAGACUCUUGUUCUGGAAGAGUGGAGCUUCGGUUCAUCAACGAGUGGGGCACAGUGUGUGAUGCAUGCUGGGAUAUGAGAGCUGCCAGUGUCCUCUGUAGAGAGCUGAAUUGUGGGAUUGCUGUGUCUGUUGUGGGAUCAGACUGGUUUGGAGAGGGAAGUGGUGAAAUCUGGGCUGAUGUGUUUGAUUGUGAUGGGAAUGAAACAAAACUCUCAGAAUGUUCCAUCUCUUCAUGGAGUCGAGCUGAAUGUUCUCAUAGACGAGAUGUUGGAGUCAUCUGCUCUGGUUCCUCUUUUGCUGUUCAUGAUGGUCUGGUGCGGUUGUCUGGAGAGAGACAGUGUGAGGGGGAGGUGGAAGUUUCCAUCCAUCAGGUCUGGAGGAGAGUUCUGCUGGACUCCUGGAGUCUCACUGAAUCCUCUGUGGUCUGCAGACAGCUGGGCUGUGGCUCUGUGCUGAACUUCUCCGGCUCCUCUUCAUCCAGUCCUGAACACAGCCAUGAGUGUGUGACGGGCUUCCAGUGCUCUGGAAGUGAAGCUCAUCUGGGGAACUGCAGCUCUCCACAAACUCUCAACUGCAGCUCCACACAACAGCUGUCAAUCACCUGCCUUGGUCGCGGGUCCAUCAGACUGGUGGGUUCUGGGGGAGACUGUGCAGGGAGGCUGGAGGUUUUUCACAGCGGCUCAUGGGGGACAGUGUGUGAUGACUCCUGGGAUAUUAAAGAUGCCCAUGUGGUGUGCAGACAGCUGCAGUGUGGAGUGGCCCUCAAUAACCAGCAGGUACCAGCCUGGUUUGGUCCUGGUUCUGGACCCAUAUGGCUGGAUGAGGUGGAGUGUGAGGGGAAUGAGAUGUCCCUGUGGAGCUGCUCUUCUCCAGGCUGGGGAAAACAUGACUGUCAACACAAGGAGGAUGUAGGAGUCGUGUGUUCAGAUUUUAAAGAGAUCAGGUUAACUGAUGGAUGUGAAGGGAAUGUGGAGGUUUUCUACAAUGGAUCCUGGGGUAAUGUGUGCUGGAACAAGAUGAACAGAGACACAGCGAGUCUGAUCUGUCAGGAGCUGAACUGUGGAAGAUCUGGUGUUUUGUCUGAUUCUACAACAAGAGUGAAAUCAGCUCUGAACUGGAUGGAUGAAGUGAAAUGUCGACCACACGAUUCAUAUCUGUGGCAGUGUCCAUCUUUACCCUGGGGACAGAAUGACUGUGGUGAAGAUGAAGUGGCCAAAAUCACCUGUUUGGAACAGGAGAGUCAUGAGUCCCCUAGAAGCUCUUUGUCAUGCUCCACAUCUCCACAUCAGAGACAGUGUUCAGAUCAUGUUCCUCUCAGACUGAGUGAAGGGAAGGGCCGGUGCUCUGGCAGGCUGGAGGUGUAUCAUAACGCUGUGUGGGGCUCAGUCUGUGAUGAUCUGUGGGACAUCAGCGAUGCUCAGGUGGUCUGCAGGCAGCUGGGUUGUGGAGCAGCACUGAGGGCUGAUGGGAAUUCAAUCUUUGGUGCUGGUGAAGGUGUUGUAUGGCUGAACAGAGUCGAGUGCAGAGGGAAUGAGAUUCACCUGUGGGACUGUCCUCUCUCCCUGAAGAACCACACUGACUGCUCCAACAAAGAGCAUGCUGGACUCACCUGUGCAGGUCACAGAAAACACUGA